GCCUCCCGCUCUCCUUGCAGCGCUGCUGGCGGGGAGUCGCGCUCGCCGCAGCUGGAAACAGCUGCCCCCGCCUGGCGCCCCUACCCCGACUCCGGCUAACCGCUCCCACUUCGCGCCUCUCGGAAUUCCAGAACUCGGGCGGCGGGCCCCGGGAGAACCGCAGCCGGUGCGAUGCAUUCCGUAGACCUCACCCAGCCGGGACAGACCUCCUAAUCUCCAGAACUGCGGGCCGCAGGGAGUUAAAUUGCUGCCUUCCUCUCCUCUCUUGCGGUUGGUGGCUUGUUUUCUAAAGGAACGUUUUAUUCACUUUUUAGUAUUUUCUACCGGGGGCACGCUACCCGCCUCGGUCCAGAUUGCUUUGUAAACGGGUUUUAUAUGUAUGUAUGUGUAGAUAUACUUUGGACACCUUACAACGCUUGCGCCUCUCCAACAGAGGCACGGCUUGUUGUUUUGGACAUCCUCCUUCCCUUUCCACUUGGUACUCCGAGCGCAGUGUGACCAAACUCCCCACUGCCCCUUGGACGCGGAUCGCCUUGGGGUGCAAGUUUGGGGUGCAAGAGUCUAGUUAACAGGAAGGCCUGGGACGGCCCCGCCCCCGCCGCCAGCGGUUGGGGAAGUUUACAUCUGGAUUUUCACACAUUUUGUCGCCACUGCCCAGACUCUGACUAAACGUUGUGGGCGCCGGGUUUUCGGUACUGCGGCCUUCUCAAAUAUUAGCACUGCCUCCCCGCGCCUGCCCUGUCCCUCCAGGCCGCCGAGGUCCUGCCCUCGCCUCGGCGGAGCGUGAUCCCGAGGGCGCAGUGGAACCCGGGGCCUGGGGCCCGCACUGAGCAGCUAUGGCUGCAGCGAUAGCCAGCUCCUUGAUCCGGCAGAAGCGACAGGCGAGGGAGUCCAACAGCGACCGGGUGUCGGCCUCCAAGCGCCGUUCCAGCCCCAGCAAAGACGGGCGCUCCCUGUGCGAGAGGCACGUCCUCGGGGUAUUCAGCAAAGUGCGCUUCUGCAGCGGCCGCAAGAGGCCAGUGAGGCGGAGACCAGAACCCCAGCUGAAAGGAAUUGUGACAAGGUUAUUCAGCCAGCAGGGAUAUUUCCUGCAGAUGCACCCAGAUGGUACCAUUGACGGGACCAAGGACGAAAACAGUGACUACACCCUCUUCAAUCUAAUCCCUGUGGGCCUGCGUGUGGUGGCCAUCCAAGGGGUGAAGGCCAGCCUCUAUGUGGCCAUGAAUGGUGAAGGCUAUCUCUACAGCUCAGAUGUUUUCACUCCAGAAUGCAAAUUUAAGGAAUCUGUGUUUGAAAACUACUAUGUGAUCUAUUCUUCCACACUGUACCGUCAGCAAGAAUCAGGCCGAGCAUGGUUUCUGGGACUCAAUAAGGAAGGUCAAAUUAUGAAGGGGAACAGAGUGAAGAAAACCAAGCCCUCAUCACAUUUUGUACCAAAACCUAUUGAAGUGUGUAUGUACAGAGAGCCAUCGCUACAUGAGAUUGGAGAAAAACAGGGGCGUUCGAGGAAAAGUUCUGGAACACCAACCAUGAAUGGAGGCAAAGUUGUGAAUCAAGAUUCAACAUAGCUGAGAACUCUUCCCUUUGUCCCUCUCUCAUCCCUUCCUUUUCUCCUCUUGCCCUUUACCCAUUUCCUUCCAAUAAAUCCACCCAAGGAGAGGAAAAUAAAAUGGCAACCCAAGACCCAGUGGCUAAGAUUCUGCACUCAAAAUCUUCCUUUGUGUAGGAUAAGAAAAUCGAACCAAAGCUUGUCUGUUGCAAUGUGGUAGAAAAAUGCACAUGCACAAAGAUUAGCACACCUAAAAGCAGAGGAAAAAAUAAAUCAAGACACCACAAGCAUUAAAAUAAACUGUGUUGUUAUUAAUAGAGGGCUAACUGUAAUGAAGACAUAACUAUCAUAAAGAUGAAAUAAAAUUAUUAUCUUAAAGAAAAGGGUUUUGGAAAAUUGAACUUACAAAUCGAUGUAAUACCCUAAAUACCUUAAACUCUGGAUAA